UUCAUUAGUGAACAAGUGAGCGGUUUGGCACACGAAUAGGAGAGAAAUGACGUCAUAAGGGUGCGCCGCGAUGUUUGUUGUGAUUCGACUGGAGAAGACUGAUAUAAAGAUGGCAUUUAUUAAAGAGGAGAGUGAUGACAUCAAGAUUGAAGAAACAUUCACAGUCAAACAUGAAGAGAUUGAAGAAGCUUUCAGAGUCAAACAUGAAGAUCCUGAGGAACAAACAGAUCUGAUGAAAGAGGAGAGUCAAGCUAUUGAUCAAAUAAAAGAGGAACAUCAAUGUGAAAAUCCUCCUUUGGCAGCUGAAGGAAACUCUUUUAGUUGCUCCAAUAAUGAAAAGACUUUAUCCCUAAAAAGAGCUCAAGAGACUGGAAGUCAACAAUCCGAGAAGUGUAUCAGUAACAAAGUAAGCCAUGAGAGAUGCUUUACAACUGACAAAGCACAGAAAUCCUACACGUGCCCCCACUGUGAGAAGAGUUUUAAUCAGACGGGACACCUGAGAGAUCACAUCCGAAUUCACACCGGAGAAAAACCCUACACUUGCCAACAGUGUGGAAAGAGAUUUAUUCACUCGGGACACCUUCGAGAUCACAUGAGAAUUCACACUGGAGAGAAACCCCACACAUGCUCUCACUGUGGAAAGAGUUUCACUCAGAAAGCACACUAUACUGUCCACUUGAGAGUUCACACUGGAGAAAAACCCUACACUUGCCCUCACUGUGGGAAGAGCUUCUCCCGAAGAGGACACUAUACAGACCACCUGAGGUUUUACUCUGGAAACAGUUGCCAGAAGUGUGGGAAGAUCUUCAGGUGCAAGUUAAGCCUUAAAAAACACAUUGAGACUCACUUUGCAAAAACGCCUUAAGAUAAGGACACACCAAGCCAUCGGUUGGGUCAUGUGGGUCACCGUGUGUUUGGUGUUUUCCAGAUGCCGCCUCUCAUUGGGUUAACAUGGAAGCGAGUUGGCCCAAUUCACCGUGUCAGUGAAAGAGAGCGCUCUGAUUGGUCAUUCAACAAUGAAUCAGAGAGCAAGAACAAAAACUGGAGCGCUCAGACUCUUGUUUCAGUCUGUUUUUCGGGUCUUGAGGUUUAUAAGGGGACUUAUAUUUUUGGGACUUGGUCCGUGAUCUAAUGCCAAGUUCACACUGCAUGAUUUUCACUUGCUGACUGGCUUUGUGAAAUUGCAGACAAAUGCCUAAAGUCAGAGACAAGUUUAGUCAUUGUAAAUCAGCGCAUAAAUAGUUCUGAAUGCCAAACUAUUAAAAAUACAUAUUACUGCAUACCAUUUCCAGGGUUGUUUGACAGAGUUGUCGCCGAGUGUUUCUGGUGUAGCCAUGUGGUGUGUAUCCUCCUGCCACUGAUCCAUCCUGCAGUUUGAACCAUAGGUGUGAACACAGUAGAAACUGAAUGCUGCCCCGGAGUGUGGAACCAACAGUGAUUCGACAACUUUGAGAAUUGCGCAGUGGGUAUCACGAUCACCUCACAGCAAGAAGGUUGCUGGUUUAAUUGCCGGCUGGGUCAGUUGGCGUUUCUGUGUGGAGUUUGCAUGUUCUCCCCGUGUUGGUGUGGGUUUCCUCUGGAUGCUCCGGUUUCCCCCACAGUCCAAACACAUGCGCUGUAGGGGAAUUGAUGAACUAAAUUGGCCGUAGUGAAUGUGAGUGUAUGGGUGUUUCUCAGUGAUGGAUUGCAGCUGGAAGGGCAUCCGCUGUGUAAAACAUAUGCUGGAUAAGUUGGCGGUUCAUUCCACUGUGGAGACCCCUGAUGAAUAAAGGGACUAAGCUGAAAAGAAAAUGAAUGAAUAAUACUAACAUUUUUUUUAUUAAUGCAAUCCACAAGCAUACAGAAACCAAACCCACACAGGAACAUUUUAAUAGUAGUAAGAAUAAUGAAAUAAUGAUAGUAAUUUGACAG